GCCUAGCAUUACACUUCUGCCAAUCGGCGAUAACUAGACUGCAUAUCGGACCAAUGAAAGAUUACGGGGCUGGGUCACAUGUGCUGUUGCUAGGGUAUAGCUUCUACCUUGUUACCAAAGAUUCUGCUUGUUACUAUCACAAGCUAACCAAUCAAAUGUGUAUCAACAUUCCUCUUGUGAAGCGAGAAUUUGAGCCUUUCGAUUGGCUGAAAAGACUACGUGAAGACCGCCCACCGGUUUCAACUGUAUCCUAAUUGGGCUGUGUAGCAGCCACUCUAGCUGUACAUGUUAGUUAGGUGCAGUUGAAAUUGGCUGAGAGAGUCAGACACAGAACUGAACAUUGGCGUUGAUUUCGACUGUAACCAGUUUUAGUUUUUUUGUUUAUUUUAUCCUUUACUUUUAGGGCAUCGAUAUCGUGGUGUGUCUUUAUUUUAUUUUGUAUUUUUCACCACAAAAGUCAACAGGAUGGAACUUAAUUCUCUUUUAAUUCUCCUUGAGGCUGCAGAAUACUUGGAAAGAAGAGACAGAGAGGCAGAACAUGGUUACGCUUCUGUUUUACCGUACAAUAGCGACUUUUCCAGAAAGAAAACGAAAGCAUCACCAAUUUCAAGAAAAACUCAGAACAAUAGGUCGUCGCACAAUGAACUGGAGAAACAUAGACGUGCCAAACUGCGUCUGUACUUGGAGCAGCUGAAGCAGCUUGUGCCUUUGGGUCCAGACAGCACCAGACACACCACACUGAGCCUGCUCAAACGGGCCAAGAUGCACAUCAAGAAGCUGGAAGAGCAGGACAGGAAGGCCCUGAAUGUGAAGGAGCAGCUGCAGAGAGAGCACCGCUACCUCAAACGGCGUCUGGAACAGCUGUCUGUGCACGGCGUCGAGCGCAUCCGCACCGACAGCAUGGGCUCCACCAUCUCCACCGACUCUGAGCAAGAUGUGGACAUCGAGGGCAUGGAGUUCACCCCCGGCGAGGGUGACAGUGUGGACAGUGUGAGCGACGUGGAGGACCACUACAGCCUGCAGAGCAGCUCCAGCGACGGCAGCUACGUACAUUCCCACAGACACCAGCCUCACGUCUGCUAGGCCCCUCCACCGCUGCCGCCGCCGCCGCCUCCAUCCACACGGCCACCAGCGGCCGGGCCUGGGCCCCAGCUUCAGGAAAGCAGCCUUUCUGCCCGCCCCGCCCCACUCCACCCCUCCCGACCACAAGCCCAGUCCCCCCGCGCCUGCAGCUCCGCUCCGAUCCAUCACAA